CCCAUGGCGAAUUGUGGAUGAUUGCGGUGGAGCCUUCACUAUGGGUGUCAUCGGUGGUGGAGUCUUCCAGGCCAUCAAGGGCUUCCGCAACGCCCCUGACGGAAUUCGGCACCGAUUGAGAGGUAGUGCCAAUGCUGUGAGGAUCCGAGCCCCUCAGAUUGGAGGUAGCUUCGCAGUGUGGGGGGGCCUGUUCUCCACCAUCGACUGUGGCCUGGUGCGUGUGCGGGGCAAGGAGGAUCCCUGGAAUUCCAUCACCAGUGGAGCGUUGACUGGGGCUGUGCUGGCUGCCCGCAGUGGCCCAUUGGCCAUGAUGGGCUCAGCCAUGAUGGGGGGCAUCCUGUUGGCCCUCAUCGAGGGUGUUGGCAUCCUCCUCACUCGCUACACUGCCCAGCAGUUCCGCAACGCACCCCCGUUCCUGGAGGAUCCCAACCAGCUGCCCUCUAAGGAAGGGACCCCGGCCUCGGGCUAUCCCAGCUACCACUGAGGAAGUGACCGCCUGUCACCACCAUCGUGGGAGUUCCUCUUUGGUUCCCUCCCCGAUGAUCUACCUCGAAGGGAGGGCUGGCUCCCAGUUGGCCCUGGGACUCUCCAGAGAGGGCCUCUACUCU